AAUAAUGUCAAAAAUCGAUCCACUGUUGAGGCUUCGAUAAAAACAACAACGAGAGUUGCAGCAUCUAAUAGAAUAUGAAAAAAAAUUAAGAGAUAAGGAAGUUAGAAAUUCACAACUGCUGUUAAAAAAAAAAGAAAAGUUCUAAGACAUCUCUAUGAAGCAAUUGAAAUUCAAAGAAGAUUUAAAAUAAAAGGCUGAGUAAAAGAGGAUCGAAUUUGAAAGGAAUUUAAGUCAAGCAAAAUUGAUUGAAGAAGAAUAAUUGAAAGUAAAAUAUAAUUAAUAAUUGCAGCAAUCACAACUUCAUGUUAAUAAAACAAUUGACACGGUAAAUAAAUUUGAAAAAGAAUAUUAAAAAGAAUAAUUAGAUUUUUUAAGUCAAAAAAAAUAGGAACAUAACCAUUAAAUUGAAUUAGUUUUGUAAAAUAAGAAAAAGAUAGAAAACAGAAAAUUGAAAGAGUUAAGUCAAUCUUUAGAUGCAAAGUUCAAAUCCUCCUAAGAAGUAUAUUACAUAUACAAUAUUCAAUAGUUAUAAGACAAUUUGAACAAGCAAUUAAGUGACAGAUAGAAAUAAGAAUAAUAAAAAUUAUAAUCUUAUUUUAAGUAAGUCGAAGAAUAACAAUAAAAUCUAUAAAAAGAAAGAAUGAAAAAAGGAGAAAUGUUUGAAGAAAAAUUGGAUAAAGUAGAAAAAUUAAAAUAGGAGAAAGAAAAAGAAUUGAAAGAAAGGCAAAGACUUCGACUAGAGGCUGAAAAAUAGAAAGAAUUGUUAUCUAAAGAAUUUCAAGAAGAAAUUGUGGUAAAUAAUUAAAAAUAAAUUUAAGAAAAUGUAAAAGUCUAAUUUUCGCAAACAGUUGCUAAGUUGAAAGAGAAUUUCAUUA